CAUCGAGUGACGUCCUGACAGAAAGCGGGACCAGCCCUCCCGUCGCCAUUUUUUUCUCUUACACUCGCACUUCUGGUUUCUCAAGCGAGCGGGGGAUAAAAUAAAAAAACAACUGCAAGUUCAGGACAAAUACUCGUCUGGUCGGGAUACUUCGCUUGCGGUAAGGGAGUGCAGCUCCUGAGAUGCACCAGCAGCGGACAGACGACUGCUCUGAAGUCACUUUUUGUGUGAAGACGUGUUGCGGGCCGCCAUUUUUUUCUUGCGCUGCCUCUGAAGUCUGCUCGAACCCGAGAGAGGGAACUCACAGACCUGUUUCCGUGCCUUACCGUUAAGUCGAGAGGAUAUAAAGUAACUAUCAGUGUUUCACCACCUGCGGCUAAUAUUAGCCUUUUUAUGCACAGCUAUGAUGAUUUCUCAGUUAGAAAACUGAGACCACCUUUUCCGCUUUUAUAUUAACUGACACUGACCGGAGGAGAUAAUUAUUUGAAGCCUUGUGUUUUUUUCUCGGAAGGCGGAACGAAAAGGAGGAAGUUUAAUUGAUCAUUUCUUGCUUCGGCUUUCCUCGGCAUUUUUCUUUCGUAAGUUAAUCAUUUUCUCUAUUCUCAGCCACUCAAAACUGAGCCAGUAUGGUCCAAAGUUGGAUCAAGUCAGUCUUAACCUGUCCCUAAAGAACCCUAGGCUGUUUUUUAAUCCUUAUUGUUAAUUUUGUUUUAAUCAGGUUGACGAAACCUUCAGAGGUUCUGCAGAAAUUACUCGAAAAUCGCACAGGGGCGACGAAUGCCCUGCCCUUCAUCUACUGAAUCAUUCACUUUGGAUCAACGCUGAAAUCUUGGUUUCAGUAAAUUUCUUCAUUUAUAUAUAUCUACUAACUUAUUUUUUGGGGAACAGACAUGUCAACGGCUCGGUUUGACUCGUGUGAUCGGUCCGCCUGGUAUUUUGGACCCGUUUCCCGGCAGGAGGCACAGAACAGGUUACAAGGACAGAGGCAUGGCAUGUUUUUGGUUCGAGACUCGUCUACCUGUCCCGGCGACUAUGUCCUGUCGGUGUCUGAAAACUCCAAAGUGUCUCACUAUAUCAUUAACUCAUUACCCAGCAAGAAGUUUAAGAUAGGCGAUCAGGAGUUUGAGAACCUCCCGGCUCUCCUGGAAUUCUACAAAAUCCACUAUCUGGAUACGACUACGCUAAUAGAGCCUGCCCCCAGGUACCCAAGCACGAUCACCGGCGCCAUCCAGACCAUGGUUGGUCCUGAGGAGAACCAGGAAUACGUGCGGACAUUAUAUGACUUCACAGGAAGCGACGCAGAAGACCUCCCAUUCAAAAAGGGGGAAGUUCUCAUCAUCCUCGAGAAGCCGGAGGAACAGUGGUGGAGCGCCAAAAACCGAGAGGGCCGCGUUGGGAUGAUCCCCGUCCCAUAUGUGGAGAAAUUGGUGCGACCGCCUCCCCAUCCUGGCCAGCCUACCCUUGGAUCUCGUAACUCCAACAGCUAUGGGAUCCCAGAGCCUGCCCACGCCUAUGCUCAACCCCAAACGUCUUCGCCGGGCACACCAGGCGCGGUCAUCACACCCUUGCCCUCCAUGCAGAACGGCCCAGUCAUCGCUAAGGCCAUCCAGAAACGAGUGCCUUGUGCCUACGACAAAACGGCUCUUGCUCUAGAGGUUGGUGACAUUGUCACGGUCACACGGAUGAACAUCAGCGGUCAGUGGGAGGGAGAGGUGAAUGGACGCAAAGGCCUCUUCCCCUUCACGCAUGUCAAAAUCAUAAACCCUCAGAAUCCAGAUGAAAGUGACUGACGCGGGGGCUCGUCCGGAGCCUCUCGGCGGUGUUGAUGUGUACCUCAACCCGCUGGCCCCUCCCCACCUGUCCCGCCAGUGUCCUGGUUAUCCGCUUUCCUGCUUUGCGAGGAAAUAAAAACAACCCCCACCUUUCCUUCAUGCCCCCCUACCACCUCUGUUGCCGCCAGCCUUCGCAAGGCUUCCUGACUGUUUACAGCUGUGGACUCCAGACUUAAAUUAAAAACCAGACCUAACCAUUGCUAGUUCAAUUUUCAAGCAAUUUUUCUUUCUUUUUAAUUUGCAGAGCUUCACUGGGCAUGCAUCAGUGUGAGUGUGUGUUUGUAUGUUGAAGCGCAUGUGAGCGUGCUCACAACAGAUUUCUCCCACAUUGCAUCACAUCAUGUCAGUCCUCUAAGACUCUGAAUAUUUUUCAUUUCAGCUUUUUUUUCUUUCUUUUUUGGCCUCUGAAAAUGUUUUUGUCCAUAUGAGAAAAAUUGUGCCGUAAGUGGGAUAAAGCAGCGUCCAUACGGUUACAGGAGAGCACUGAGGAGCUGGCCAGCCAAUAAAAUGACAUUACUGCAAACAAUCAAGUCACUGUUGUACCUUAGCUAUCAACUAAUUGGUCAUGGGGUUGGACUUUUUUUUUUUUUUUUUUUUUUUUUAAUUUUUUUGGGAGGGGGGGUGAAUUUUGAUUAUUGCUUUUAGCAAUGCUUGGAAUGUGUCCGUAGAAGCAAAAACACAGGUGGGAGUUCCAGAAAGAUUUCAUUAUUGAUCACCUUCUCAAAUCCUGACUGGUUAUUGAACUUAUUUUUGCUGGUGAGAAACGAUGUGGCCAAAAUUUCAUCCUGUUUUUCUCUUGGUUUGCCAGAAGAUAUAUUUACCUCCUCUUGUUUUGAGACCUGAAGGCAUGUAUGAAGCCAAGUCUACCUGCCUACUUUGAGUUCAAACAAACCAUUGGAGUAAUUAUUAUUAUUAUUUAAAAAACAAGUGCCAAGCAUUUUUAGCUAAGCAGUGGCUGUAGUCUAGAUCAGCAAUUUAGCUCUAGCGGCCUGUCAAGCGUAAAAAUGUAACUCUGGCAUCUAAAUUUUCCGUUUUCUUCAAGGUGAAAUAAUUCUUAGUUUUAUUUAAUGUGCUGAUUCUCUUGAGUUGAGAUGAUAAUUUUAUUUUCACAUUUCUUAAAAUAAAACAGGCCUAGCAGAGCAGUUGAAAGUAUCCAUGUCCAAAUUGUGCAACAGGACCCCCAAAGAUUAAACAGUUCUGCAAACAAUGCAGCUUUCUGUUGAAAUACUAAACCAUUUCUCCAUCUCUUUUUUACUGCAUAAUGUUUAAAUCGACGCUCGGCCAAAUACUCCAAGGUAUUGUGCAGCUUUGAACUGUAACUUUUCUCUUUGGUCAGUUUUGAAUCAAGUAUUUUAAAAUGAAUAAUGUUAUUUAAAGGGUGACAUACUAAAAGGGAAAAAAAAUGCCUGCUGGUUGCCUACGUGCAUGACCUCCUGGCCAGCAUCGGUGGUCUCGCCUGGUCAUAUGCUGCUUAUUGUCAUUUAUUUCAUUAAACAAAGUUUUCCUUUAUUUUAUUUUAUUUUUUAAUAAAUCCAGAAUGUUUUUUUGUGCCAGGAUUAUUUAAAUCUAGUUGAGCAAUACACCUUGAGUAUUUACUUGAGAUGAACGUCUUUUCUCUUGCUUUCGAGUUAUUUUGUAAUGGCAUUAACAGUAUUACUGUGCUCAUUUUUUCCCCUCAUAAUUCUAAUUCUUCAGUCUUUUUUGUCCUUCAAAAAAAAAAAAAUCAAAUUGUGCCUUUUUAUUUUCUAAUACCAUUUACAUGUGUUAAUAUUUCCCAUGGUUAACACCUGUGCUGGUAAUGACCCUUUAUGUACAGAACAAGUAAAUAAAAUUUAUGUCUACUUCUUUAA